AAUUCAAAUUAAAAGGGGAGUUAGUUAAUAAACAAGAGUGGAGGAGAUUGUAAAGGGUGUGGUGUUGGUGUUGGUGGGGCAGGAAGUUGAACAUUAUUAUGAUCAUAUUCAUGGGAAGACGGAACAACCAUGACCGAACCCAUGGCCUUGAAUCCAUGAAUGUGAUGGGUAGCAAUUAGCAACGACACGCGCGCGAGAGAGAGAAAUCCUCUUUAAUUUGAUCUCUUUCUCUUUCUCCCUUUCCAUUUUCUUGGUAGCAGGUAGCCACAAGCUCGAAAUAGCAAGCAAGUGAAGUAGAGUAGUGAUGCUUAACCCCGGUGGUGAUUUGGUGCCAGCACCAUCUUCACCAACCAACUCUUCCGUUUCCUCCUCUGAUCUUGACACCGAGUCAACUGGAUCAUUCUUCCACGACAGAAGCACCUCACUGGGCACUCUCAUGGGGGUCAGCUUCCCAACAAUUGCCUUCAGAGCUCCCUCUCAGCCUAAUUCCGCCGCCGCUUCUUUUGCCACUAUCCCCAUCAGGGAUCCGGAUCCCACCUCAAAGAAGACCAAGAAACCACAAGCACGGUGGUGGCGCUUCUGCAGAGACGGCUUCGCCAAGCCGGCAUCGCUCGCUGACUUCCUCGAGGUCGAACGCCGCAUCGGGGACGGCGCCUUCUACGGCACAACGGCCGAGUUGGAGAGCAUGGUCAUUAAUUCGCAUACCAGCCAUGGGCGACGGUUAUUUGCCGACGGCAGGGUCCUUCCGCCGCCGGUCGUGGACGACGCAGCAUCCACGGCUGGGACUCUUUGUAGCAGAUUCCCCGUCUUGCUCACCGGGAUCUGUAGCGGAGGUGCGGGAUAAACCAACCAAGCCCCACAGCCUUUUUUUUUUCCCCGCAAGCGAAAGGAUGGGAUUUGGAUGGAUCAUUUUUCUUAUGAUUGUUUUGUAGUUUGCUUAAUCAAUGAGCUACUGUACUAGUACAUUACUAUAUUACGAUUUGUGUAUCUGUGGCUGUGCUUUACCUGCAUAAAGCAAUAAUGUUCGGCUUUUCCUUUUAGAACUUUUA